AUGGCUCGGGCUCCAAUUCCCACCACCGAAAUCUCCGACUACGAAAAGCAACGUCUUGCCAAUAUCGCCGAGCGAGAUGCGCUCCUCAAGAAACUGACCCAAGAAGCGCAGCAAGCCGGUCUCUACACCAGACCCUCUGUGAAAAGCACUGCCAAUGGGACUAGUCAGUCGCACAAGAGACAAAGACCUGUCAAACCAGUCAAGAAGGAACUAGACAAUGCGCCACGGCGAACCUCUUCACGGCUGGCUGGCUUGACGGCGGAUAGUGAAGUUGCAAAACGCAAAGCCGACCAGGAGUAUGAAGCCGUAAGGGAGGCGGAACGGGCGAAGAGGCAGCGGAUUGCAGGUGAUCAGGAUUUAGGAGAAAUCCUUGUGAAUGGGAAGCCUUUACUGGCGGUGGAUGUGAUAAAUAGGAGUGUUGCAAAACCAUACGAGCGAACGUUCGGCAAAGACGAGAUCAAGAGAACAACGGAUAAAGAGCUGAAGUCGAUCAGGGAAAAGAUAAGCGGACUGGCGCUGUGGGAUGCUUGGGAGCCGAGUCGCAUCAAGAUCACUCCAGAGCGCAUCUACUGCAUGAGCUUCCAUCCCACAGAAGCGAAGCCGUUAGUUUUUGCUGGCGAUAAGCUGGGCCAUCUCGGCAUAGUCGAUGCAUCACAAAAAGGCCCAGGAGCCAAGGAUGAAGGAGACGAAGAAGGUGAGGAGGAUAACAAGUCGAAAAUCAAGAAGAUCAAGAAGGAACCGAUGCAAAACAACAACCCUGGAGAUUCAGAUCCCUCAGAAUCAGAUGAAGAAGAAGCAGAAGAUCCCGAUCCUCAUGUCACUAUCUUGAAACCGCACCAGAGAACAAUCUCAGCCAUACAUACACACGCUUCACUGCCCCAAACUCUUUACACCGCCUCAUACGACUCUUCCAUCCGCGGCCUCGACCUCGAAAAGUCCAAAUCCACCGACCUCUAUGCGCUAGAUGAUGACCCGAUCUCCGGUAUUGAUAUGGCUGCCACAGAUCCCCACGUUCUGUACUUCACGACUCUAAAUGGCGCUUUCGGAAGACACGACACCAGAAUAAAAGGGAAGAAAGGAGCUGAGCUAUAUCAGCUCUCAGAGAAGAAGAUCGGUGGCUUCUCUUUGCAUCCUCUUGUGCCACACUACCUUGCCACUGCCUCCCUCGACCGCACGAUGCGGCUCUGGGAUCUUCGGAAAAUAAGCAAGAAGCUGCCCACGUUGGUUGGUGAGCACACGUCUCGCCUUAGCGUCUCGCACGCAGCGUUCAAUUCAGUUGGGCAGGUCGCGACGAGCAGCUAUGACGACACCAUCAAGAUUCACAGUUUCGGAGUGAGAGGGAAGAUCGAUUCAACGAGGAAUCCAACAGAAGGCCUGGAAGCAAUGAGUACCUGGAAAGCCGGAUACCAAUUGGAAGAGGAGAGAAUGGAGCCAGAGGUGGUGGUACGGCAUAAUAACCAGACAGGAAGAUGGGUCACGAUUCUCCGCCCGCAGUGGCAGCGCAGUCCCCAAGACGGAAUCCAGAAGCUCUGUAUUGGGAACAUGAACAGGUUUGUCGAUGUGUACAGCGCAGAUGGUAAGCAAUUGGCACAACUUGGAGGAGGCGGCAUAACGGCUGUGCCGGCAGUGGCAGUCUUCCAUCCAACCAGGGAUUGGGUGACGGCAGGUACCGCGAGUGGGAAGUUGUGUUUAUGGAUGUAA